CAGGAAAGGGACAUUUAGUGCAGGUGGCUUUGGGGAGAUAUAUAGUGAAUGUACAGUGUGGCACAUGGGAAUGACUAGGUGAGGGGAAGCAGCGGGGUCGGACAUGAUGGAUAAUGCGAAAGGGGAGAGAGACGCUAGGCAAGAAGGAUCGUAGGGUAAUGGGCCAGUGGAAGGACAGAGUGACAUGGCGGGAGGGAUACAAUGGGGGAAUGAAAUUUACGGAAGAGCGGAUGGUUUACCCAGGUCUGCGCCCCCAGUCGCUUUCCUCUUUAUGUUCUGUGUGCCGGUGUACCCUCCCCCAGCCCUUUCCCCUUUCGGGCCCGGACUCGGAGUGAGGCUCCGCCUCGCGCUGCACCCGGGAGGCGGAGCCGCGGCGGACGCAAUGGCGGAUGAUUUCGUGGCGGAGGGAGAGACGUUACUACGGUCAGAGCAGGAUUUCCAUGAUGCAGCAAAGGGGAAUGACGUGAUCAGAAUGGAACUGCUUUUGAAGAAGGGAGUGAAUAUCAAUGCCAAAAACAGUAUAGGCCGAACAGCUCUACACUGGGCAGCUGGGGCUGGACAUGAACAGGCUGUGAAAUUUCUUCUCAACCACAAUGCCUCAGUGGAUGAUCAAGACAGUUUCGGGAUGAACGCUCUGCUUUUGGCUGCCUGGUUUGGUCAUCUCCGGAUUCUUCGAACAUUGGUCAAUGUGGGUGCCAAGUUGUCAUGUGAAAACAAAAAUGGCUUAAAUUUGCUUCUCUGUGCUGCCCAAAGAGGCCAUAUAAAGAUUCUUGAGUUUAUUAUGGAAGAUCUGGAAGAUGUGUGCCUGGACAAAGCUGACAAUAUGCAACGAACAGCACUACACCUGGCAGCAAGUUAUGGCAAUCUCGAAGUGGUAGAAUUCUUAAUUGGCUCAGGCUGUGUCCAUGGCUUGAAGGACAAGGAACAGAACACUGCCCUUCAUUUGUGUGCACGAAGUGGGCAUGUUGAAGUGUUGCAGAAAAUAAUAGAAACUGCAGUGGAUCUGGAUGAAAAGAAUUGGGAAGGUGAGACUGCAUUGCAUUUAGCAGCUGAAGAAGGACAUUCCAGCUGUGUGAAAGUUCUUCUGAAUGAUGCCUGUGAUGUAAAUGCCCAAACAAAUAAGAAUAUGACUGCUCUGCAUUAUGCAGCAUGUCACGGUUUGGUGAAGGUGGCUGAGCUGCUGAUUGAAGCUGACAUAAAUGUGGAUGCGGUUAACCAUCAAGGUGCCAGUCCAAUACAUCUUGCAGUGCUGCACAACCAUGACUCCAUUGUCAAGCUACUAAUUGAUGCAGAAUGUGAUCUGGAUAUUGUCGAUCAUAGACAGCAAACAGCACUUCACAUCGCAGCAGAGAAUGGCAGGCACGUGAUUGCUGACAUGAUCCUCACAUCAGGUGUAAAUUUAAAACUAGUUGAUAAGCAAGGAAAAACAUCCUUGGAGAUAGCAGCACGUGGGAACCAUAUCAAUUUGGUUGAUAUGAUUAUCAAAGCAGACAGAUUUUAUAAAUGGGAAAAGGAUCACCCAACCAUUGAUUCAGAGUCCAGUGUUGGAAUGCAUGUGACCUUCAGACAAGACCACAGACCAGAAACCCAGCACAUUCGUUCAGUGAUAUGGAGACUAGCAACAAAAUACCUAAAACCAAAUGAGUGGAAGAAACUUGCACAUUUCUGGAAGUUUACAGAAGCACAUAUAAACGCCAUUGAGCAGCAAUGGGCAGGUACGAAAAGUUACAAGGAGCAUGGGCACAGGAUGUUGCUGAAUUGGCUGCCCGGUGUAAUUAUCUCAGGAGAAAACCCAGUUAAAGGGUUGUAUGAAGGCCUAGUGGGAAUAGGCAGGAGAGACCUGGCAGAAAGUAUCCGAAGAAAAGCAAAUGCUGACUGCGGUUCUCCCAGGAAAUGUGCAGUGAUGUGAUGUCUGAAGAACUGAAUCCUGAAGAUUUGGAAUUACUGAAGAAUUUUGUUUGCAUUAACAGGGGUCAAAGGGUUGAUGCUGAACUUUGGGCAAGGACUGGCAUUAUCAAGAAGUUACUGUGUGGAUUUUCAGAUAAACUACUUGAUCUCAACACAUCAGUACAAAAUCUAUCAAAGGACUAGGCCACAUUAUAAUGAUAAUCACUCCAUCACAACCUGACAGCAAUUAUAUAGAUCAUUAUUAUUUCUAUUAAACUUCAUGAAAGGAAAUGGUGCUGUAAAAGUCAAAGUAAAAAAAAGGUAGCCCAUAUUUUAAUUUGAAUUGAUCAGUUCUUUUGGGACAGUUGAUAAUUAAAUCUUUGAUAACCUAAAAGACAGAAAACACAAGGUUUGGUUGUUUGUGUACAGAAAGAUAAUACAAGGAGCUCAUUGGCCUUUACUGAAUGCAGUACUUUUGGUGAUGUCAGUUCCUGUGGUGAUGUGAUUUGCUCUGGUGAUAUCAUUUCCUGUUCUUUUUCUAGAGGGUUGGAAAUGGGGUCUAGGUUGAUGUGU